UGAUUGUAUAGUAGAUCAUUGAACUUGGUUUUUCAUCAGCUGCAAUGUAGCAAAGUCAACAAUAUGACCAUUAAAAAAUCAACAAGCUUCUUGGUAACCUUUGCUACUGCAAUUUAUUGCCACAGACGUACUGUAUAAUUUUUUUUGGAAAUAUUUUUUGCAUAUGUACCAGCUACUGCCAACACAGUCUUCUAAAUAUUUACAUCCUUCGUUUUUAAAACUAGAAAGCUCGUUCCUAACGUUAUUACUGGACUGCGGAUGUUUAUGCAUUUAUAGGAAAUUUUAAUUCUCAAAAAACUACAGAAUGCACUCAACACGCAAGAAUAUAAGAAAUACUUAAAGUAAGGUACGAAUUAUUAUAUCUAAUCAAAGCUCCAAUUUCAAUAAUUUUAUUAACAAAAAUAUGAAUUUGCAUGAAGAUCCGCAGUCUAGUUAUUACUAUCUUCUCUGCUUCGUCAGUUGGUAUGGAAUGCUCUGCUCAGCUACGACAAAUCGUGUCUUCUUUCGUUAAUCGAACAAAUUUUUUCCCCCUUCUACAAACAGGAAAGUUCGACAAAUCGGUUAUUUGCUGAAUCGAGUGUUUUACCUCGUUGCAUAAUACCACAUAAAUUUGAUAUAUGUGUGUAGAAGAUAAAAUUACUGAUUCGAUCGUUUGUUAUAUUUGGUUUUGUUAAUAAAUAAAAAUUCAGUAAUAAAAAAAAAGGUGGCGAAGUUGUCGAUUGCCAGCCUCCUCCCCGAUUUCGAUGAUACAUUUAAAAAUCAUCGAAAUCGGGGAGGGGACGGAUAAUCGAGAACUUGACCAGCAUCUCUGAUAAGCGUUUACUUCGUAGAGAAAUGUUUGAAAAUUUUUGGUAGAUUUACGAUCGAAUUAGUUGCCUCGUGUUGGUUUUAAAAUACAAGCGUGGUAUCGUUUACUCGUAUACCGUAGUUGGGGGUCGGUCGAACGCGUUUACACGAAGCGAUCCGUCGGUGACGAGGCCCUCGUGGUCUCCGGGUGUCCUGUCCAGGGGGUGCACCAUCGAUGUCGUUCGACGGUAUCGGACGGUGUGCUUGGCGUAAAUCGAUAGUUCGGAGAUACACGCCGUGCGGAGCUCCUCCUUCUCGUGGUCGUUUCCUUCUCCCGCUACCCUCCUGGCCGAAGAGAUCUUUAGACCUCUUUCCGACGUGCUUUGGUCGGUGCAGGUGAUAUGCGGUACCGGGGGACCGUCGGGAGACGCGACGCUGGCCUGAAUCGCGUACGCGAAGCGAAUCGAUCGUCGACGAACAAGCGGGAGCGCUACCGAACGAGGAUCUCGGGGCAGAUAAACGCUGCGUCGACGGGGGAUGGGAACUACCGAGGUAGCGAGAUAUCGUCGCCCGUGGUUUCGGUGAACGAGGAAGGUGGCUGGUACCGGGGAUAGUGCCGCGGGUUCGUCGAGGCGAGAAAGAGAGAAAGAUCGCGAGAGGAAGAGCAAGAGAAAACUGGCGUCCCAAAGACGCGAGGGUGGUUCUCGCGGGACUCGGACCCGCCGGCGGACCAAUGGUGGGUCGCUGUCGAGCCGCGGCAGCGCCACGAGCAUGCAGUGCGGCCUGUGCGCCGUCGUCGCGGGACUGUUCCGUAGAGCUAUGUGCAUCGCGGGCAGCAGACGGGACUCCGGCGAGUCCUACUACCAGGAGCUCGCCACCGACGCCCAGGCGCGUCGUCUCUUGCAGCUCGCGCCCAUUGGAACCAGCCUGAAGGCGGCCAAGAUCGCCGAGCACGUUAAAGAGGCUUUCGAGUCGCAGGAGAGGAGGACUACAGAGAUAACAGUGGACAGUGGGGAACAGAGCGCUGUGUUCGUCCGUAUUUCCGAAAGCGCAGCGUUACCGACAUCGGGAGUACCAGCGACUUUGACGGAAGUCCACGAUGAGCCGCCAACGGAAACUGCGUUCAGACGUUUAUCGGAGGCGGAUCGAAUCCUCCUGGAGAGUUUGGACAUCGGUCGUUCCAGACCCAGGCCCACCGGUCGUUUCCUGACGAUGCACAAGAGACGCCGUAAGAGGAUUACUACGAAAUCCUUAACUCAGGAGCCGGGUCUCCUGGAUGAUAUUUUCCAUGGCAUGGUUCAGUGCGUGCUACAAAAGGCCGGAAACUGGCAGUUUAAUGCGUUUACGCUAGAAACAGUGACAGGAGGUCGUUCACUGCCAGUAUUAUGCGUCCAUCUUUUUCAUUGGUACGGACUACUGCAACACUUUAAGUUGGACGUGGUAACGGUGUGGAAAUUGUUCGCAUUCAUCGAGGAGGGUUAUCACAGUACAAACCCUUACCACAACAGUAUACACGCGACGGAUGUCACUCAGGCGAUGCACUGUUUCCUUCAAGAAAAAAAAAUCAGGACGCACUUAACGAACUUGGAGAUCAUGGCGUCGCUGAUAGCCGCGGUGACGCACGAUCUGGAUCAUCCAGGCGUCAAUCAACCGUUCCUCGUUGCCACCAGCAAUCAUUUGGCCGCUCUCUAUCAAAACAAGUCGGUUCUUGAGAAUCAUCAUUGGAGGUCGGCCAUUGGAUGCCUCUUGGAGAGUGGCGUUUCGGACCAGUUGUCGGCCAGCGUUAGACCGGAACUUCAACAACACAUCAGCUCGCUGAUUUUGGCGACGGACAUCACGCGGCAGCAAGAGUUCCUUGACCGAUUCAAAGAGUACCUGGACGAGAAUCGUUUGGAGAUGAAACGCGCGGACGAUCGACAUUUCAUUCUCCAGAUAGCGUUGAAAUGCGCCGAUAUAUCGAACCCGUGCAGACCGUGGGACAUUUCGAGGAAGUGGUCGUACAAAGUAUGCGAGGAAUUCUUCCGGCAGGGCGAUUACGAGCGCCGUCUGAACCUUCCGGUCACAUCGUUGUGCGAUCGACAUACCACCAGCAUACCGAAGAUACAAGUCACGUUCUUCAAAUUCGUUGUGACGCCUCUUUACGAGAAAUGGCACCGUUUCCUAGGCGACGGUCUGAGCGUGUCGUUGAUGGAACAUCUGCUGGCCAAUCAGAAGAAAUGGGAGGCGUUGAUCGUGCAGGAAGCGACCGAGGAAACGAAAACGGAGAUCUCGGAGCUGGAGAAGGUGGACGACGCGCUGAGCUCGAUCGGUGACCCGGCCGGGGACGAGGACACGAGGAGCAUCGACUUGUUAAUACCGUCGGCGUACAGCCAAUCGUCGCGAAUGCAAUUCCUACCGGCGCGUACCGGCCUCGAGCGUGACGGGAGACGCCAUUCCGUCCCAUUGGGCGCCUCGAAACCGCUGGUCCUUCUGCCACGGACCACGAUCCGGCGCGAGAGUCUGCCCAGCGAACGGACCAAGUCGAAGAAUCUGUUGCUGAGGCUCGAGGAUCAGAGCCUGCUGGAUCCCAGCUCGUUGUCGUUGCUCUCGUCCAGGAGCAGCGUGCACGAAUUGUCGCCGAGCACCACCGCCGAAAGGCCGGUCAGCGCCGAGAGUCUUCUGCCGGAACCGAGCAUAGCCAGCAUUACCAACAGUGCCGAAGCGUCCAGAUUGAGCUCCGUUCUGCAGCCGGACAUUCAGAGAGCAAGCUCGCAGAAACAGCUGACGAGGCAGCAAACCUUCCCGCCACUGCAGCCGUACGUUAGAAUGAGAUAUUUGUCCACGACCGCCGAGAUGUCGCAGUGUUAUUCGCAGAUCUUGAUGGAGGCUGACAGUUCCAGCUCCUCCUCGUCCUCGAUAAAAGAAAAAUCCUGCUCGGACGGCCAUUGUGAUACACCCCCAACCAACGAGCUGGACUCGUCCCUGACAAAGCCUGGCAACGCGAAAAUAACGAGGGAAUCACUUUCCGUGGACGUGGCUGGUAAAAGGCGCGGUUCGAUGAUCGCGGAUCCGUUGAAAUCGAAAUCCGACACUCUGACCGUCGAAGAUCCGCGUCGUCAUUCGAUACAGACGAUCCGUGUAGACGACGCGAGUUUCAAGAACCGUCACAAACGACCAUUCUCCGCCCAAGACACCGAUUCCACGCAGACGUUCUACGCGUCGUUGACCGGUUCACGCAGCGACAAGAAGAUGGAGCCGGAGACGAACGUUGUGUCUGCGUUCAAAGGGAAAGAGGAGAGUGAGAUAUCGACGCGCCACGAUCAACGGACUACAGUGCAAUCGUAUAAAUCCGAUCAGUGCAGUUCGACGAUGCAUAUUAUGAAACCGAAGUGCGUCGAGUCCGAAUUGCGAAGAUAUUCGACGCCAGUACCAGAAAUUAAGACAAUAAUGACCGAUCCAAGUGGUAGACGAUUCACCGCGAUACCAGUGUCGUCCGAACUCAGCACUCAUAAAGUGUUCUUUAUUGGUAGCCCGCCGGAUUCACCGCCUCUCAUACAAAGCAUAUCCACGUCGAGCGACAGUGGCAGCGAACCGCGUAAAACUGUUGGUGAACAUGAGAUCGUUUCUACUGGUAGCAAACGGGACUCCGAUCCCAUCAAAGAGAAAAGCUCUAAGGUUGCUAAACUAAGCCUGGACAUGCAAAUGAAGGAAAACGUUGAUCCACGCGCGAUUGAAGAUUCAAAGGGGAUACCCUUGUCUCGAAAGGGCAGCCAGUCAUGGGCCAGAAGACGUGGAUCUGCUCCAGUCGGUCUUUUAUCUAGAUUGGAUGACAUCACAACAUCUACAAGAGUCGAUCAUACUUCUAGGCGUGGAUCUGUGCCAACCGACAUUACUAGGCAGCAAAAUGGAGGCUUCAAUCGAUUAGCUUUAGGACCUCGAGAGGGUUAUAUUGCAGCACCUAGGAGAGCGAGUCUUCCUCAAGAAACUGCUCUUGGAAAUCUUCUUGGCAAUAUUUUAUCUCUAACCAAUGAACGAGAGAAUCUCCCAAUAAACAAUAACAACAAUAAUAACAAUACCGGAACUACCAAUAAUAAUGGAAUCACAAGAAUAAUCGAUAGCAUCGGACCUAGCAUGCCGUCUCCGCGACGAGGUUCAGUGCCAGCAGACAUAUCUGAAUUACGCCGUGAUAUGUUCAAUAGGAGUAGCAUAAAUGGUAAGCCUCGUAAUCGGAAAAAGGUUUUGAGGAGGAGAAGUUCUGGAGGACCAGAAAUGUUUUCUGGAGGAUCCACAGAUGGAAACGAUAAUGGCACAUGGCUUAAAUGGAAGAGGGAACUAGGAAAAAGGGACUCUAUUCCUGAACCGCUCAUCAAGCGAAGAGGUUCUCUGCCCAUAGAGAUGGUGGCCAUUUCUCAUGCUGGUCGGUACAAUCAUAGAUAAAGGAGGAUGUCGUAAAACAAGCCGGAUCAGGAGCAGGAGCUCGAAGAUCCAGUUUGUGGAGACUUUAGCAUGGAUUGGAAACAAGUGGACCGCACGUGCAACCAGCGGUUGAUAAUUAGAUCAUCAAAUGCUACCGUACUAACAGUCUUUCCUUACAACUUUAGCAGCAACAGCGAUGAUUGACUUCCACGUUCCAAGAUUGCCAAAACUGGAACUUCUUUUAUCGACCAUACUUGUGGGCAAGUGAAUUUUGUAAAAUUAAUCAAGAUUUCUACAAUAAUAAUCGCAAUACAAACAAAACGGUUGAAGCGAUUUAUUCGUCAGUCGCUCAUAACUUCAUUGUCAUUGUCAUAGUACUAAAGCGUAUAGUAGAAGAAUCAACUUAAGAAAAAAGAAAAGAGAACAAAAGUGGCUUAUGUAUAUCAUAACAAUUGGCACAGAAUACAAAUUUAAGAUUGGCAGAUAGCGACAUUAAAUUUUACGACAGGGUUAACGUAGGGAAAGAAAAGAAAAAAAUAUGAAUUCUAAAGUCUUCCCUGCAACUUACGCGUCCGCGUGGAAGAAAUGAAAUGUAUACACACUAGUUAUGUUCGCUAUACACGGUGAUUCUAAAAACUGGAACAAGCUGUAGAUCUUCUCUAAGCAGAUACAAGAAAUAGUUAAAUCUUACAAUGGAGUCGUGCAACAUAUACAGGUAUGAUAUGCACUUACACUUAUUAUUUAAAUGAAACUAUGUUUUUUUUUUUUAAAUCAUUCUCUUUGAGAAAAAUAGAAUAUUCGGUACGAUACAUUUCUGUAGCACUUUAUCUAUUUUUAUUACAGUUUACAAAUUUUCUCAUUAGUGCAGCCUAUUAUGAUAUAUUUAAAACUAAUUUAAUUUAACAAAUUAAAUAAAAUCGAAUGAAAUGUUUAGAAAUUAUUCAACAUAAUGUAAAGAAAAUCUGAAUGAUUUCAUGUGAAACAUAAAUAUGAAAUCAUAUUAGAAAAGAGCUGCAGUUCGUCCCAAUUUUUGAAAUCAUGCUGUAUUUCCAUUUGUGCCAUACACAGAUGUUGUCGAAAACUUGACACAGUCAAACACAGGGUUCAAUACGACGAUUUUAAUAAUUAAAAUGCCUAGGUACGGAGAAGGAGAAAAGACUGGUAGAGAAACACACCGCUAUAAAACUAGACACUUUUAAAAAGGCACAUAAAUUGGUCGAAACGAAGUGACAUUUGCUCAUAGCUAGAAAAAUUAUUAUUUGUUAAACAAUUGGGGCAGGAUAACGUUGUCUUAAUUUAGUUAGUCAUUUUCCACAUCCGUCAUCCUCAUUAAAUAUUGUAUUCGUUUCUGCAUCCAACCUUGAGGCUGAAAUUUCUUUAUCUUUACCGAGAAUGUUACGAAUAAAAAUGGAAGAAAAAAAAAUUGAAUUUAUUAUUAAGUUGGAAAUAAGGAAAAGUAAUAGCUAUGAAACGUAACUCUGAUAAAAAUAUACUCGAUAUCAGUAGUAGUUUCCUUUGAACUGUAAUGAAAAUCAAGAUAGACAUUCCAUUAAAACAGAUAGUAAUAAUACGUAGGACACGAAUGAGAAUUAAUAAUAAUAACAUUGUAAUUAUUGCUAUUUAUCAUUAUUCAUUAUAAUAUCAUAAUGAUCAUUAUUGUCAUCAUCGUUGUUGUUAUAGUUAUAAAUGAAAUCUUAAUGCCCGUUUAAGUAAGUAGACAUAAACUUAGGCAGUAAUAAUACCUGCGUUUAAUUACAAGGUUAAUUAGUUAGUGAAUUGCGUGGAAUUAUAACCAUAAUUGUUUAUAAUGAAAACAAAAGAUGGUUCUGAUGUAUGGGUUUACGGUACGUGAACCAAAAUCAAUCAAAAGCAAAAUUUGUUAAUACUAUCUCUUACAAUAUUAAUUUAGUAAUAUGUAUUUAAUUAAUAAACUUUGAUUACGCAAAGUACAAUUACUAAACUGCCUAUGCACAAACAUUUUAUACAAUGUGUAUUCAAACAUUGUCCUAUUUUACUGUCAAAUUUCAGUUGUUACAGGGUUAUUAUAUAAAAACGUUUUAAUAGCAUUUUUUAAUUAUUUUUCUAAGAACAGAAAAGCAAGGAAAAUUGAUAAUGACUAUCACGUACUGCUACAACCUGUCGUCCCUCUGACUGUCAGAAAGUAAAGAAAAUAUUAUUAAGCCAUUGCAGUUCAGUAAUGAUAUAUAACAGAUCUAAGUUUAUAACUAAUCAAAGUAAUAAUUGAUAUCUGUAUCGACGUAAUAUAGAUAGGUAUCCAUUUCCCAAGCAAAAUGUUGCAAGCUUAGCAAACUUCCCCUGGUAAAAUUUCCAGAUCUUCUCGACGCAACAACUAUCAGAGCUUUAUGUGUGUUUCACUCAAUGACCAGAAAAAGAAAGAUGUAACAAGACCACCUUCAAAAUAGAUUUCAAAUCUUUAAACAUGAAAUGCGAAAACAGUUCUUACGUUUUCCUAUUUGUAAUGCGGAGGAGCUCUGCAUACAUGACUUUAUGGUAUAAGUGUAUUAACAACUAAGUUAGUAUAAAACUACUAGUCUUUCUAACUCUUAAUAUAAUCUGUAUAUAUGUACGUUCGCAUGUACAUAUAUACAUUUGACAAAGAAAUGCACAGAAAAUACCAAGGAACACAUUGACGAAAGAUAUUGAGAACUUUUAUUUAUUUAUACCUCUUGAAACACUUACCUUUACAGACAGACCAAUAAAAAUGGGACUAAACAGAAUCUCUUUACGAAAAUGAUAAUUGACAUAGCUUCUGAAGUAAAUUUGAACACAAUAUUAUAAACGACCACUCUGUCCAACUACUUUUCGAAGAAUUUAUAACACCCAAAUAUACAUGUUUCCCAUAAUGCCUCAUUCCAAUAGAGAGCAAUUAAUGUUCUUCGAAAAUUCUUCUCUUCUGCCAUCCUGUAGAUAUCGUGUAAUUGUAAUACACCAUUUUCUAUGAUUGUAAUAUCUUGGGAUGUGCAAAAUUAAUAAACCGAUUCAUUAUUACUUUAUAGGAAUAGAUGUAAAAGUAGGAUAUUUAACAUACAAUGCAUCAAGCAGUGUUUACGCUCAUGUGAAUAUUCAUUUUUUUUUAUGGAACAAUGUUAUGCUAUUAAAUUAGUGUGAAAUGUUUAAACU